CAACAACUGUCACAUCCACUUUGUCGCCCAUUUUGACAAUAGUAAUCUCCCUUUGAAGCGGAUAUUUUCGCGAAAACAUGGGUCCCAAAGUGAAAACAAAAACACCGACUAAACAGACAACUAAUUCAUUUUACGAUGAAAGUUUUUCUCCUAUAAAAUUUAAAGAAUCACCUAUACAAAACAGACAAGGAAACCUGACAGGAAGUGCUAGGAAAUUAAAAGAUGGUGCAGCUGAUUUACAUAAUCUGACACAAAAAUGGCAAGUGCUGAAUGUAGAUGGUGCAAAUAUUGUCAGUGAAAUAGCAAACAUUAAACUGGAAAAGAUUUUAGGUCAAGAUGAAGAAGGAGAGAAGGCAAGAGAUAUGUUACCAGAAUCACUUCUUCAGCUUUGUGAGAAAUUAGAGAAUCUUCUUAAAAGAAUGGAGAAGAUUCGUGAUCGUCUGUGUGGACUGUCUGAAAUGUCUAAAGGUGUUUCACAAUUAGAACAUCACAGUAACCAUGACGAUGAUGAAAUAAUCCUCUUUCAAACAUGGAAUGUUGAUAGAUUUGCGACAGUGUUUACAGAAAUUUCAGAAAUGUACAGUAAGGAACUGAAAUUGAAACAGUGUAUCAGUGAGAAUAUAUGUCAUGGGAAUGACAGACAGACUAUCAUGUUUUACAAUGCUGCAUGGGUACAUGAACCAUAUAUUGAAUCUAAUAUGAAACUUUUGUUAGAGAGUAUGCUAGUUGAAACGAAACAUAAAACAUGAUUUAAAUCUGAAA